AUGGGCGUCCCCCCGGACCACCGGACGACGGGGGGGAUUCUGGCCGAGUACUACCUUCUGACCGCGCUGGCGCUCUUCUGGGUGGCCUUGCGGGUCUGGGUGCGGAUUCGGCUGACGAGGAAUUGGGGAUGGGAUGAUACGUGUAUUGUGCUAGCCUGGCUCCCUCUGUUCGCCGGUCUGGUUCUCAUCCAGAUCGAAGCCAACCUGGGCCUGGGGCGCCAUAUGAUCUAUCUGCAGGAUGCGGAAACCGCUGCCCUCCAGAUCCUCAAAUACAACACCUUCUUUCAGAUGCUCAACGUGCUCUGCACGCUGCUGACCAAGUACUCGAUCAGCUUGUAUCUCCUGCGGAUCCGGGAUGAUCGCCGGCUGCGGCUGGGGCUGGGGGUGUUGAUGCUGCUGAUGACCCUGGCGACCAUCGCGGUCAUCGUGGUGCUGUCGGUCUCCUGCAUUCCCCUGCAGCGUCUGUGGGACAAGUCGGUGCCGGGGACCUGUCUGGCGCUGGCUGCGGUCUACAACGUCGCCUACGUGCAGUCGGGCUUCACCAUCGUGGUCGACCUGUGCCUGACCAUGACACCGAUCAUCGUCCUGUGGGACGUGAAGAUCAAGCGCGGGCGCAAAACGAUGAUUUGCGGCCUGAUGAGUCUGGGGUUGAUUGCCACGGUGUCGAAUGCGCUGCGGAAUGAUUUCCAGUCGGGGUUGACGAGCGCGGAUAUGACUUAUGAUAUGACUGCCGUCAGCGUGGUCGCCAUCCUCGAACUGUCGAGUGGGAUCAUCGCUGCCUGCAUUCCGGCGUGUGCCCCUUUGCUCCGGCGCAAUCCGCCCACCAGCACGAUGGCGCAAUCCACCGCCUACUACGCCCCGCACGCCGGCGGGAGGAGUUUGGGGGGGAUAAAUGGGGGAUGA